AUGUCAUACGAGCAGGAGCCAGCCGGUGCCAUCUGGGUAUCAGUCACUCCAUCGUCUGUAGCUCCCGCAAGCUUCUCUGCCCUCCCUGCUAGCCUCUCCCGUCUCGCGGGCUGCCACCCAAGUCCCUCUUCCGCCGCUCGUGGCGUCACUGCUAUUUGUUCACCCUGCGCUUUGGCUCGCAUACCACCCAAGUCCCUUCUUCAGCCUGGCGAGCCUCUAGCCUCGAGCCUUGUCCUGAUCCUGCAUGGUCACUGUGCAGGGGGUAGGUUGCAGACGAGCUUGACCACUUCCGCUGUCACGUCGUCCUGUCGUACCCUCUUAGCCUGUCCGCCGGAGAGCUAUCUAAGCUCAUCCCAUCUGCACUCUGCACUAUAUAUCACCAGAACGCCCACGAACAGCCUCCAAAUCAACACCCUGUCCAAUUUAGUCACCGGUUUCGACCCCAUUACCCUCGCUUUAUCAACCGCUCGCCAGAUCUACCGCCCGCAUAUACACAGCCCCUCGUCUAUCCCACCUUCCCGUCCAUCUCGCAUAGCACACAACAAGAGAACACUGCCUACGACUGAUCCUGUACCCUGA